AGCCCUUGGUGAGCCAGUGGCCGUGUGACCCGGGCAGGACCCUCAUUGCUCACCAGCCUGACCAGCGGCGCAUCGUUUCCUUCGGCAGCGGCUACGGCGGCAACUCGCUGCUGGGCAAGAAAUGCUUCGCCCUGCGCAUCGCCUCCCGCCUGGCCAGGGAGCAGGGCUGGCUGGCUGAGCACAUGCUGAUCCUGGGUAUCACCGACCCCAGAGGCACCAAACGCUACGUGGCUGCAGCUUUCCCCAGUGCCUGUGGCAAAACCAACCUGGCCAUGAUGAGCCCGGCCCUGCCUGGCUGGAAGGUGCAUUGUGUGGGGGAUGACAUCGCCUGGAUGAGGUUUGAUCACCAAGGCCGCCUCCGUGCCAUCAACCCCGAGCGCGGGUUCUUCGGCGUGGCUCCCGGCACGUCGCGCCGCUCCAACCCCGUGGCCAUGGCCACCAUCAGCUCCAACACCAUCUUCACCAACGUGGGCACCACCAGUGACGGGGGGGUGUACUGGGAGGGGCUGGAUGAGCCACUGGAACCCGGGACCACCAUCACGUCCUGGUUGGGGGAGCCUUGGAGACCUGGUGAGAGACCCCAGACCCACCCUGAGACUCCCCUGAGACCCCCCUGA